AUGGCCUCCCUCAUUGCUCAAUGCUUCAUAUGGGACGAACUCACUUUCCCGAAGCCAAGGUCUACUCACUCUGGCUUGAGGUGGGUAGCAGCUGUUCUCGCGCAACUGAUCUACUCCAUUGCCAAUCUUCUCUACUGGCGCGUUUUCAUGCUGGGCUUUGUCACUUACGUGAUCGACAAGCGUCGAAUUGCAUUCGCGCGUUUUCUUGUUGGGUUUGCUGUGGUGGCCAUCGGGUCCAUUGUUGCGUCGAUUUACGCCUGCCUCGUGCCCAUCCGUUUAUCGCGAUGGCGAGCCACACGUGACAAGAGCCACCUUUUGUGGUUGCUGGUCCACGCGGUGCUGGGACACCUUGUCGUCCUGAACAUUUUGGUCCACUUCAUGUGUGGUGUUCUUCGGGAUCCCGGUCGUGUGCCCCAACCACUUCCACUGGAGGUUAGCCGGACGAUGUGUUCUCGCUGCCAGUUGCCAAGGCCUCUGCGGUCGCACCAUUGCGGUGUUUGCGGUCGAUGCGUCCUGCGGAUGGAUCACCACUGCCCCUGGCUCAACAAUUGCGUGGGACUGCGCACGCACAGGCAUUUCUACCUACUCCUCGUGUAUCUCUGGAUUGGAAUCGUUUACCUUUACUUCGCUGGGUGGCGUGAUUUUAUGUCUCACGUUCAAGACGUUUGCUCUGACGGCGACUCUCCAACAAGAGAGGUAAAUGACUCGGAAACUUGGACUCAUUUUGCCAACUGCGUUGUUCAUAGGCUUCUUUCCGCCUUAUUCAAGUCUACCGUACCUUUACUGGCCUUCAUUACAGGCCUUCUCAUUUGGCAUGGAUUUCUAAUUAGUCGUGGAGAGACCUUCAUCGAAUAUUAUCAAAAUAAAAGCGCCGCUAGAAUUCUUCGAAGGCAUCGACUGAUCUUCCGGAACCCCUUUGAUUUUGGCGCGAUAUCGAAUUGGCUGAGAUUUCUCGGCAUUGAAGUCUCCUCUGAUGAGAAGGUGAUAAGAGAAAAACUACGCAACUUACCAGUGUGGACCUACGUUAAACGCACCCUGUUAUCUGUUGUGUUGCUGCUAAACAGCCAACCAUUUGAUGGUGAUGGACUGGAAUUUAAAACGUGUGAACCGGAUAUCGAUAGAGCUCUUCGGGACCUUGCCCUUGUCGAUGACUGCUGA